AUGAUUCUUUCUUUAUAUUUUAUUUAUUAUUCUUUCUUUUGUAAUUUGAUCUAUUAUUCUUUCUUUUCAUCUAUUAUUCUUUCUUUCUUUUAUCCUAUUAUUCUUUUCUUUAUACUUUCGUCUAAUAUUCUUUCCUUCUUUUUCAUCAUUUAUUCUUUCUUUAUACUUUCGCUAUUAUUCUUUCUUUAUACUUUCAUCUAUAUUCUUUUAUUUCAUCCUUAUUCUUUCUUUAUACUUUCAUUGUAUUCUUUCUUUUUUGAUCUACUAUCUUUCUUUUAUAUUUUUCAUCUAUUAUUCUUUCUUUAUAGUUUUAAUUUUAUUAUUCUUUCUUUAUAUUUUGAUCUAUUAUUCUUUCUUUUUAUACUUUCAUCAUAUUCUUUUUCUUUAUAUUUGAUCUACUAUUCUUUUAUUUUUCAUCUAUUUCUUUCUUUAUAUUUUCAUCUAUUAUUCUUUUCUUUAUAUUUUCAUUUAUUAUUCUUUCUUUUAUAUUUUAGUCUAUUAUUCUUUUCUUUAUAUUUUCAUCUAUUAUUCUUUCUUUAUGUUUUAUUCUAUUCUUUUCUUUAUAUUUUCUGCAUCUAUUAUUCUUCUUUAUACUUUCAUCUAUUAUUCUUUCUUUAUAAUUUGAUCUAUUAUUCUUUCUUUAUACUUUCAUCUAUUUUUCUUUCUUUAUAG